AUGUCUCGCAAAACCCCCAAGCCGCUUCCCAAAUUCGAAGUGGGCGAAGACUAUGUGAUUCUUCAUGGCCUUGGAGAAGGCGCAUACGGGACUGUCGCAGCCGCUCUGCACAAGCCAUCUGGUCGGGAGGUCGCCAUCAAGAAGAUCCUUCCCUUCGAGCACACCCUCUUCUGUCUCCGCACCUUGCGCGAACUCAAAUUACUAAAGUUCUUCUCUGAGUCAUGUGUCAAUGAAAAUAUCAUAUCUAUCUUGGACAUUAUCAAGCCUCCCUCUCUGGAAGAGUUCAAGGAGAUCUACUUCAUCCAAGAGCUUAUGCAAACCGAUCUGCAUCGAGUGAUCCGGACACAGCAAUUGACAGACGAUCAUUGCCAGUAUUUUGUGUACCAAACGCUACGCGCUCUCAAAACUAUGCAUUCGGCGGAUAUUGUCCACCGUGAUCUCAAGCCCGCCAAUCUCCUCUUGAACGCCAACUGCGAUCUGAAAGUGUGCGAUUUUGGGCUUGCACGGAGUACUAGGUCAACAAACCCCGGUGGCAAAGAAGUCGGUCUCAUGACGGAGUAUGUUGCCACGAGAUGGUACAGGGCCCCAGAGAUCAUGCUGUCCUUCAAAAUGUAUACCAAGGCAUGCACAUAUUACAUCUGGGCCGUGGGGUGCAUCCUAGCAGAACUUCUCAGCGGGCGGCCUCUAUUUCCCGGGCGUGACUACGGACAUCAACUUGAUCUCAUCCUGGAUGUCAUUGGAACGCCAACACUGGAAGAAUUCUACGGCAUUACUUCCCGCAGAUCUCGCGACUAUAUCCGAGCCCUGCCCAUCAAGAAACGGCGAGCUUUCAGCGCACUCUUCCCUAAGGCUUCGUCGGAGGCAUUAGAUUUCUUAGCAAAGACUUUGACUUUCGAUCCCAAGAAGCGAUUGACUGUCGACCAGGCACUGGAGCACCCAUACCUUACGGCUUACCAUGAUCCGGAGGACGAACCCGCCGUAUCUUCGCUAGACUCCGAGUACUUUGAGUUUGAUUAUCUCGACCUCAACAAGGAGGAACUGAAGGAGCUGUUGUAUGCGGAAGUUCAAUCAUUCGUCCCUUGCAUUUGA